AUGAUGAAUCACCGCACGGCCCCCUUCAUGAAUUCCAGCAAGAACGUGGAUUUGAAGAUAAUUAUCAUAGGAGCACUGGGGGUGGGGAAAACCUCCCUCCUGCACCAGUUUGUGCACAAGACAUUCCAUGAAGAUUAUCGGACUACUCUGGGAGCCAGUAUCCUAUCUAAGCACAUCAUGGUGGACCACACCCCCCUAAAACUGCAGAUCUGGGACACCGGGGGUCAGGAGCGGUUCCGGUCCAUGGUGUCGACGUUCUAUAAGGGCUCGGAUGGCUGUAUGCUGGCCUUCGACGUCACAGACCUGGAGUCCUUCGAGUCCUUGGAUGAUUGGAGAGAGGACUUCCUGGAGAAGAUAAUCCCCACAGAGCAGGGCUUCCCCAUGGUGGUGCUGGGAAAUAAAAUCGACUUAAAUGAACGGCAGGUGUCCAAGGAGACAGCUUCAUUCUGGUGCAAAGAAAAGGACACCCCGUAUUUUGAAGUCAGUGCCAAGAACGAUAUCAACGUAGUGCAGGCCUUUGAGACGCUCGCAAGGCAGGCCCUGUCAAGGUACCAAGAGAUGCUCGAGAACUAUUUAACAGACUCCAUCAAGCUCACUCCUGACGACCAGCCCAAGAAGAAAUGCUGCUGA